GCGGCGCGUGGCGGCUUUAGGUCCCGGAUGUGGCUGCGGCGCUGCUCCUCCCCGAUUCUCUCAGCCCGGCCGGCCGCGCGCCCCCGCUGCACUCCCUCGCUCGUAGCCCGAAGGCCCCUCGGGCGCGUCGGGAGGCGCCCCGGCGGCGCAGAGCGGCGCAGGAGCGGGUGGCCCGGCGGCCGCGCGGUGGCGGAGCGGGCGGGGCCCGGCGCUCGUCCUCCGACCCGGCGCGCCCCGGCCGCCGCCAUGAGCGGCUCUUCGGGUACCCCGUAUCUGGGCAGCAAGAUCAGCCUCAUUUCCAAGGCGCAGAUCCGCUACGAGGGCAUCCUCUACACCAUCGACACCGACAACUCCACCGUGGCGCUCGCCAAAGUGAGGUCCUUUGGUACUGAAGACCGCCCCACAGAUAGGCCUGCUCCCCCCAGAGAGGAGAUCUAUGAGUACAUCAUCUUUCGGGGAAGCGAUAUCAAAGAUAUUACUGUAUGUGAACCUCCAAAAGCUCAGCACACACUUCCUCAGGAUCCUGCUAUUGUUCAGUCUUCCUUGGGCUCUGCCUCUGCCUCGCCCUUCCAGCCACAUGUGCCUUAUAGCCCCUUCAGAGGGAUGCCGCCCUACGGCCAGCUGGCGGCCAGCUCCCUGCUCAGCCAGCAGUACGCUGCUUCCUUAGGUCUAGAGAAGUUGGUAAGCCCUCCAGCCUCAGCCGCUGCUUCCAGUCCUAGCUCUUCUCCAUCUCCACAGCCCGUGUCAGAGCUUGACAUGUCCUCAGAGCCACCUCAGCUUACUUCCAAGGGAGCUGGUUUUCCAUCUGCCCCAGUUGGCAAGAGCCCCAUGGUGGAACAGGCUGUCCAGACUGGUUCUGUUGAUAACCUGAAUGCCAAAAAGCUGUUACCUGGCAAGGGCACCUCAGGGACACAGCUCAACGGUCGCCAGGCCCAGCCAAGCAGCAAGACCGCUGGUGAUGUAGUCCAGCCAGCAGCUGCGCACACUCAAGGGCAGGUGAAUGACGAGAACAGAAGACCUCAGAGGAGGCGGUCAGGGAACCGGCGAACAAGGAAUCGUUCCAGAGGGCAGAACCGUCCUACUAACGUCAAGGAAAACACAAUCAAGUUUGAAGGAGACUUUGAUUUUGAGAGUGCAAAUGCCCAGUUCAACCGAGAGGAGCUUGACAAAGAAUUCAAGAAGAAACUGAAUUUUAAAGAGGACAAGGUUGAGAAAGGGGAAGAGAAGGACCAGGCUGUGGUCACUCAGAGUGAUGAAGCUCCUGCUGAGGAAGACCUCCUGGGCCCCAACUGCUAUUAUGACAAAUCCAAGUCAUUCUUUGACAACAUCUCUUCUGAACUCAAGACCAGUUCUAGGCGGACAACAUGGGCUGAAGAGAGGAAGCUGAAUACGGAGACCUUUGGGGUAUCAGGGAGGUUCCUUCGAGGCCGCACUGCCCGAGGUGGAUUCCGAGGGGGCAGGGGCAACGGAGCCGCUCGGCGUAACCCGACUUCGCACAGAGCGGGGACUGGCAGGGUGUAAAGGUGCAGCCUCUGAGUUCCCACUGAAGUGGUCCAGGUGGUGCUACGUAGAGGAGGACACAGGAAACGCUGCACGCACGGGAAGUGGGUGGCAUUGUUUACUGCGUUGGGCAGACUCCCACAUUGCUACUUAUGUUUGGACUUAAUUGAACUUGGACACGGUCUGAGUUAGAACCACUUGUUUUGGGGAAAGUAUUCAUGGGUAACCUCUUUGAGGUAUGUUGACCUAUGUUCCUUUUUGGUUGUGCAUAGCCUAACUGUAAGGUUUUGGUAUUUUGCAAAAAUGUUUAUAGCAAAGGCUUGAUCCUCACUUUGUGACUGUUUCUUUUCUAUGACAGCUUUGACUUUUAAAACAGAACCAAAUCUCAUUGGCACAUGUGGCAGCCAAGUGCAUCUCUAACCCAUCUGGUCCCUGGUGCUGCUGGCCUGGCACCCUCAUUACCAAGGGUGGGAUCUCAGGAGCCAGGCAAGGGCAGCACAGGAUGAGCUGGGUGUGUGGGGUGGGUGGGCAGAGGGCAGGGAAGGAGGGUGUUCCCAUGGAUCAUGUUGUGUAAGGGACAUAAGGGUGAGGGCUGGCAGAGGGUGGGUGCACUGGGGAAGGGACCCCUGAGCAGUAGCUACUAAGUGUUAUGUGGAGCCUGGCUCCUGUAGGCACCGAAGCUGUGGGUGAGCCCAUGCUGUGCCCCCUGCUCUCCUGUCCCUGCCAAGCCUCUGGCCCAAGUCACUCAGCUGGACUCUGCCCGAGUGCUUCAGUGUUCUCAUCCACUUGGAAAUGAGCUAGCCUGGGGUUGCAGGGGGGCUGGGGUGGCAGCAUGGUCAGUUGACCUUAUUUCCUCUUGAUUGUAAAUAGUUCUUGUGUUUUUGUUUUAAAGUGAGUGGAGGGAGGGUGGGGAAUAUAAAUUCGUUGCAUGUAAAUGGGUCAGACUUUGAAGUACAAGCAUGCAUCCUCUGACAGGGCAUUUUGUUUAAAAUAAGCACCUUGGUAACUAAAUUCCUUUAAUAGCUAAAAGCGCUUUGGUUCUGUACUGAUUAAGUUACUGUAAAAGCUUGGGUUUAUUUUUGUAGGCCUUCUGGGCUGAGAACUAGAACAUUAGCAUUGGGGUUGCUCUGUUGGAGAAGUGUAAAUUAUAACUAUAAAUAAAUAUGCAAACCUUUCAA